AUGGCUGCAACUAUGGCCGCAAAAGAUCCGCUCUCCAAGCCAUUCGCUGCAUUCGUUGCUUGCGGUGUCGUCGCCGCGGUUGCUGUUACCGAUGACACUGAUGGUGACGAAGCAAAUGAAGACGCUGUGCUCGGAGUCGAUGAAGCCUGCGCCGUCGCGAAGGAACCACUUGCGAAUGAUCCUGUUGCGGCAGUAGCGGCCGCGGUAUAUCCUGCCGCUGCUGUUGUUGUCACUGCGGCAAGCGAAGCUGACGCGCUACUCGUCGAAGUGGCUGAAGCAGCAGUUGAGCUUAGAGUUGUGCCCAAAACGCUCGCACAGUACGAUUCUGCGGCGGGUACAACUUGGUCUGAAAGGAAUUAUGGUGAGAGCGGCAGUGUAGAUGUCUUGGUAAUUGGACGUCUCACAGAAGCAUUUUGCAUCGGUGACCGAGCAGGUCGUGGCGGAGGUGAUCGCAUUCUGUAA